AUGCUGUCAAUACUACGGAAGGCGCGUCUCAAGGACAAGGAGAUGCGAAUCUUGAUGCUUGGGCUUGACAAUGCGGGAAAGACGACCAUCGUGAAGAAGAUCAUGAACGAGGAUGUGAACAGUGUCAGCCCUACGCUUGGUUUCAUCAUCAAGACGAUCGAGUAUGACGGCACAGGGGAUGUCGGUGGCCAGAAGACAUUGCGGACGUACUGGAAGAACUAUUUUGAGAAGACUGACACGCUCAUCUGGGUUGUCGAUGCGACUGACCGCGAGCGGAUAGACGAUUGUCGACAGGAAUUGGCGGGGUUGCUGCUGGAAGAGCGUUUAUCUGGAGCCAGUCUGCUUGUGUUCAGAAACAAGAGCGAUGUGCCGGGGUCCAUGACGGAAGACGAGAUUCGCGAGGGACUGCGACUCGACGCCAUCAAGACACACAAAUGGCACAUUAUGGCCUGCAGCGCCAUGACGGGAAUGAACUUGCAGGAGGGGCUGGAGUGGGUGGUGCAGGAUGCAAAGGCGCGACUGUUCUUGUAUUGA